GCUGAGCAGACAUGGAGGCCCGAUCAACGAGCCAGGCCCAUUCUGACACAUCCAGGCUCGGCUAAGCGGUGCGUCGGAUAGGAAUUUGCCAGAGCUUCUCGGAGAUAUUACGGACACCAGUCGCUCACUUGGAUCACAAAAUAUGUGGCCACCACGCUGAUGCACACGAAGGGAAGAUUCAGAGCCAAAUAAUGUGAACACCGUUUCUGAACAAUUCCAGAGUUGAAGGACGGAGAAAGAGGGCUGGACAGCCAAGGCAGGGAGGAGAGCCGCCACAUAACAAGGAUUGCUUUUCAUUCCCACCGUUAUCCCCCUCCCCCCUUUUCCCCCCUUCAACCCCCAUCCCGCUUCCUUCUGGACCACUGCACCCACCCACCCCACCCCCCAAAAACCCACAAAACCCCUUUACCUGGUAUCCAGAAUAUCCCCUUUCUAGUCACUCUGCACACCCCCUAAAUCUGAUGGAUCAGAAGAUUCAGGGAGGCACUGCCACCCCGCCUCCCCUCCCCACAGCUUCUCCCUCAGUGGAGCGAGAGAAGGAGGCAGGGGGUGGAAAAAAAGAGGAAGAUGAGGAGAAGAAGAAGAGGGAAAGAGAGAAGGAGGGUGCACCUGUAGAUUCUACUGGAACAGCAGGAGGAGGAAUUGGGUCUGUAGGUGCAGGCGGUGACCAGUCCCACUUCUCCAUCAAAGAGAGCAGCCUGUCAGAGGGCAAUGUCAAACUCAAGAUUGGCCUUCAGGCCAAGCGCAUGAAGAAGCCCCCCAAGAUUCUAGAGAACUAUGUGUGCCGACCAGCCUUCAGGGCCACUGUGAGGCACACGGGACGUGGAGGUGGUAGCCGAGGAAACCGUGGAGGUGGGACAGGUGACGGGCAGGGCAGUCAAACCCAGAGUCCUCCACACAACAGGGAGAGAGAGCUGAAGGAGCAGAACCCUUGUGUCAACAACAGGCCUGCCCCACCAUCCUCAUCCCCCUCUGCUGCUACCGGUCCUCCCACACCACUUUCCCCAGUUCCUCUAUCAGCUAGCUCCACCACCACGUCACCCUCCCCGGUGAAUGGGAGUGCUCCAGCGAAAAGGGGUCCACCAAAGAUGGCCUGCAAGUCGGACAUAAAGCCAGACACAAAAGCCGUCUUCAUAACAUCUGAGAGACCCCUCAAUCUUCACCGCCCUUCAUCAGACAGUAAACUGCACUCUUCUGGGAAGAAAACACCCACUUCACACACCAACCCCCUGACAUCCUCACCUUCUCCACCGGUACCUACAUCGAAAGAACCCUGCUUCGAAGGGGUCAAACCUCCUCAAUACACCUACAGCAAUGAAAGUCAAAGGGACAAAGAUAAGGGUCUUCCAAGUUGGGGUGCACCCACGGUAACUGAGAAACUGGCUCAACUCAUAGCCACAUGCCCACCAUCAAAGACACCAAAACCCACCAAGCCCACAAAGAUGCCCCCUUCUCCUACCCUUCCCAGCUCAGGCUUCAUGGCCCCAACUGCCAAACAACGGGAUAGGGCAAUGGCUAAUAGGAACACGUAUUCCAGAGUGGUUCACCUGGCUCCACCCCCACCCGUGUCACGGCCCCCCGGCCGACCCUAUGGCUCUCGGAACAAAGAUUGUGUGUCUGAAAAGUCACCGACUCCAACACCGCCAAGGAAAGAGGACAUAGAUGGAGCUGGGAAGUCUAGUAGCAGUAACAACAGCAACAUCAACAUAACAAAUAGCAACAACAGCAGUCGCAGCAGCAGCCCUGCACUCACCUACGGUAACAGCCGCCUGACCGCCGUAUUAAAGGACAACAGCAAUGACAACAGCAACAGUAAUGGUGCUAAGUCACAGUCACGUCUUGCUCUCUGCCCGCCCCACACCACAUCUUCACCAUCUCGUCUCCCAUCAUCGUCCCUCUCGUUCACCGCCACUGUGGCAGAGCAGAGGCCAGGGAGUGCAGUGAGCCACCAGGGCUCCCCUGCGUCCUCACAAGGACAUCAUACACGAGAGAGUCCUGCCCAGGUGGAGGAGAGCAGUGAGAGGGAGCAGGACAGGGAUGGCCCCAGAGACUUAACCAAGUGCCCUCCUUUAUUACCAACAGGAAAAGCAGAAGGGAAGGAGAAGGGGGCUGGCAAUCAAUCACUCCGAGUAGAGAGGGGUAAGAGUUCUAGCCCCAGUAAGCGCAGUCCCAGCCGGGAUAAUAGCCGUCCUGGUCGGACUAGCAGCCCUCCUGGGCCUAUGAGACAAAGGGCAGCUUCACCACCAGAGCCUGAUGACCGAGAAAGUUCGCCAGUGCCUCUCAGGGAUGAUUCCCCUGAUUCCUCCCUUGACUCUCCCCCAGAGCAAGACAGCAAGCCCCUGAAAAAACGCAGGGGAAGGAAACCCCGUUGGACCCGUGUUGUGAGCAGGAGCCAGACUCAAAGGCCCGACCAGGGCAGUCCUGUUGACCAGAACAAAACCACCUUGCCUUUAUCUUCAAGCUUGGAUACACCUCCACCAGUGAAACGGCCUGUGGGCAGGCCUCCAAACCCAAAUAAGAUCAGACCAAAUCCUGUGUCACAAAAUCCUGUGUCACAACUCUUCGUGCCCCAGCCAAGGAAAAGGGGGAGGCCCAAGUCCAAAAUGCCAAGACUAGAUGCUCCUACACGUGGGCGUCCCCCCAAUAAGUUAGCCCCCUCCAGGGUCUUCUCAUUACUUAAAUCCAAAGAAGAGCAGGACCCCCCUGUUCUUCAUCCAGAGGUGGACCUGAAUCCUCCCAAACCUAUGCCCAGAAAACGUGGGCGUCCAAAACGCCUUCCCCCAACCUUACCGCAGGAGGGUCAGCCUCCCACUUUGGCCCCAGAGGCAGGGGAUGCAGGGGAUAAACGUUUCCGCAGCAAAGGAAACGGGCAGCUAAUGAUGAGAACCAUCAUAGGCAAGAUCAACAAAAUGAAGAGUGUGAAGCGGAAACGGAUCCUCAGUCAGAUUCUGUUGGGGCCUGGGACAGAGGAGACCUCCAGAAGCACCAGCACUGGGGUGGUGGGUUCUGUGGCUGCUGCAACUCAGUCACUAUCCUCCUUGGCUGCCUCCUUUGGGGGCAAACUUGGGCCGCAGAUCAACGUCAGCAAAAAGGGGACAAUAUACAUGGGGAAGAGGAGAGGUCGCAAACCAAAAACUGCGACCAAUUCCAUAUCCAAAGCCUCUACGCCGUCCCCAGAGCCCUUCUUGUCCCCUAACACAACCUCCCCUCUUCAUCACCAUCACUCCCAGUCCCACCAACAGCACCCUUCAACAGAAGUCUUCCCUUCUCCCUCUCUCUCCCAGUCCAGCGGAGGCCACAGCCCCAUCAAUGAUGCCAGCUUUGUAGAGCCAGGCUCAGUGCACUUUUCAGGACACUCCCACUAUCACUCUCACCCUCAUCACAGCCACCACUCGUUCCCCUUCCCUCCCCCCACUUUUUCAGCUCCUAACCCACGUACUUUGGGUGCUAUGGGUUCCUCCUUGUCCUCCACAGCCACAGUGGCCUCCCAGAAAAAGACAUCUUGCCGCGGCUACCAUCAUCACCACCACCAUUACAGGCAGCACUACCACUACCAUAAGCUCUCCCCUCCCAGGCCGCUGCAUCCCACCUCCCCCGCUCCACUGAGCGAGCUAAAGGAAGCCACACCGUCCCCUGUCAGUGAGUCGCAUAGUGAGGAGACGGUGCCCAGCGACAGCGGCAUAGGAACCGACAACAACAGCACCUCUGAUCGCGGUGAGAAGGCUGGAGGGGCAGGUGGUCUUGGUGGGGUAGGGAUGCCACCUGGAAUUGGCAGCGGCUUGUUAAUGCCAGGAGUAAUGGGCUCAGCAAUGGGACCAGGGAUGGGGCUAAACUCCAGGGGCAGGCGGCGGCACUCUUCCUCUGUGCUGCUGGAACACCCCUCCCCCUCUCCAUCUCCCCUUGGAGCAAGGUCAUCACCUGACGCCCGUAGGCCUCAUCCAGCAGCACCUGGCUCCUCGCUGAUGGGCCACAAAGAGAAACACAAGCACAAGUGCAAGCGUCGGAGCCAUGGUUGCCCGGGUUAUGACAAGCUCAAGAGACAGAAACGGAAACGCAAGAAGAAAUACUUGCAACUGCGCUCCCGACGGCAGGAUCCAGACUUCCUUGCUGAGCUGGAUGAGAUUGUGGUUAGACUGAGCGAGAUACGGAUAGCGCACCGCAGCACGGGGCAUCGGUUGGGCAGUGGGAUAGGCAUGGCAGCAGGCGCAGGCAGAGUACCUGGGGUAGGUGGCGCAAGGGCCAGUACUGGUAUGGGAGGUGCAGGAGGCCCUCCACCGCAUCAUUACCUCCACAGAGACCUUCUCCCCACCAUCUUCAGGAUCAACUUCAGUGGCUACUACUCCCCCCAUCCUGCAUAUCCCUGUGACCCACUGCACUAUGUCCGGAAACCAGACAUGAAAAAGAAGCGGGGGCGGCCUCCCAAACUGAGGGAGUCCAUGUCUGAUGUUCCCUUUGUACCUGGUCUUGGGUUUCCGCUCUCCAGUGGGGGAUUUUAUCACCCCUCCUACAGCGUUCCCUACUCCUCUGGACCUCUGGGGCUUGGAUACUACCGAGGCUAUCCCCCAGCCAGUGCUCUAUACCCCCACCCGCAUCACCAAUCACCCCAUACAGCCCCAUCCCAUCAUUCUCACCACUCCCCCUCAUUCCCCCCACCUCCGCCCCCAUCCUAUAUACAUCACCAUCACCCCUCACACCUCCUGCUGAACCCCUCCAAGUUCCACAAGAAGAAACACAAGCUGCUGAGGCAAGAGUACCUGGGAGGAGGCAGGUCCCCAGUCCUCUAUCCCCCCAUGUCCUCUGAGCUUUCCUUCAACUGGCAUCACAAACACAAACACAGACACAAACACAGAGAUCGCUGCGCCGAAGAGGACGGAGAGGAAGCUGGAAGAGGAGGCUCUGGAGGUCGAGCUGGACCGGGGAUUUCAGAUGGUGGUUUGACUGGUAGAGGGGAGCGAGUUGGUGGCAUGGGAAUUGGUGAGCCUUUACAGCGCUGCCGCUUUGGUCGGGACUCCACAUCCAGCACUGGGACCAGUAAGCACGCUGGGGCCACCACGGCUAACUCGCCCUCCUCAUCCUCAUCCUCGUCUGCGGAGCGAUACAAGCGUAAGGAGAGCUCUAUGUCCUGUCUGGGACCCUCUAGGCUAGCACUAGGCAGCAGUACAAGAGGCCAUCACCCAGUUGAGUCUUGGUUCAGGAUGGGAAGUUCUGAGGCUGACUAUAAUAAGCUGUCCCGGAGCCAAGUGGCACCUGGCCAGGGACCCUUUUCAGAGGGCCAGACUGAAGACCCAGUGGGCUGCUCAGACAGUGAGGAUGAGGAGCCGCUGACGCCAACGGAGGAUAUGGAUCCCAGGGCCCAGAGUCCCCCAAACCAUACAAACCUGUUCGCUUCAGCUCUUAACCGAAAUUCCCUGAAGCCAGGCCGGGGCAGAAAGAGUGGGGCAAUAAUGGAGAGCUCCAACUUUUCCCGUAUGGACCGGACACAGAGGAAGGACCGCUCCACAUCAGCAGAGGGGAGAGAGACUGGUGUCCAGACACGCGGUGGCACCCUCUCAACCAUGGAGGGUCCCGAGGGGUCCCUUCACCACCGACAGCACCCGCACCAACCUCCACUCUUCUACUCCCACGGCUCUACUCCUUCCUCCUCCUGCCUCUCUCCCUCGCAGGAAUACUGCCUGGAUGCCUCCCAGCCACUCCACUCCCACCGGACGCCACCCCCGAAACACAGCCUCCACCAUGUCAACAAGAUCCUGCGUGCCAAGAAGCUGCAGCGGCAGGCACGCACAGGAAACAACAUGGUGAAGAAGAGGGGUCCCGGACGUCCCAGGAAGAACCCACUACCCUCCCCCCCACCUUCUCCUCCCCCCGCCGCUGAGGUGACCCAGACCCGGCACAGAGACCGAGGGGGGGACAGGGGAGGAGGUGGUGGGCUGGGGGGAAGGGGGUGGGACGGGGACACCGUGACAGAUGCCAUUGAGUCAGUAGUGCAGGGCCAGAGAAGGAAAGGCCAGAAGAGGAAGCACUGGGAGAGAGAUGGCGAUGAAGAAGAAGAGGAGGAGGAAGAAGAAGAGGAUGGGGAGAUCGAGGAGACUGAGGAGCGAUUGGUUGAGAGAGAGGAGAACCUGGGUGGCCUAGACAUGAGGUCCAGAGCAGGGGGAGGUAGAGGCUGGCUCACCCAGGAGGAGCUCCACCAAUUUUGUGGUGCACUGGAAGGCAAGCCAGAUGGCCACUGCUCUCCGGAUCGCGCAGGCGCCCUCUCCAGGGAACAAGCCCCACCCACAUCCGUAACCAGCCAACGGGAGAAGAGAGCUGCCAGACCUCCAAAGAAGAAGUUCCAGAAGGCGGGGCUUUACUCCGACGUGUACAAAACUGAGGACCCCAGGAGUCAGUUUCUACAGCUGAAGAAAGAGAAGCUAGAGUACAUACCUGGGGAACAUGAAUAUGGCCUGUUUCCUGCUCCAAUCCAUGUUGGGAAGUACCUGAGACAGAAACGCAUUGAUUUCCAGUUGCCUUAUGACAUCUUGUGGCUGUGGAAACACGACCAGCUUUAUAAGAGGCCAGAUGUCCCUCUUUAUAAAAAGAUCAGAUCAAAUGUCUAUGUGGAUGUGAAGCCUCUUUCUGGUUAUGAAACAACCACGUGUAACUGCAGGGCUCCCGGGGAACACAGGGAAAAAGGUUGCCUCGAUGACUGCCUCAAUAGAAUGAGCUUUGCUGAGUGCUCUCCUAGUACCUGCCCCUGUGGUGAUCAGUGUGACAACCAGCAUAUCCAGAGGCACGAGUGGGUCCAGUGUCUGGAGCGCUUCCGUGCCGAGGGCAAAGGCUGGGGCAUCCGCACUAAGGAGCCCCUCCGCUCAGGGCAGUUCAUCAUCGAGUAUCUGGGAGAGGUGGUGAGCGAGCACGAGUUCAGGAGCCGUAUGAUGGAGCAGUACUACUCCCAUAGUGGCCACUAUUGUCUGAACCUGGACAGUGGCAUGGUGAUUGACAGCUACCGGAUGGGCAACGAGGCGCGCUUCAUCAACCACAGCUGCGAGCCCAACUGCGAGAUGCAGAAAUGGUCAGUGAAUGGUGUAUACAGGAUUGGUCUCUUUGCUCUCAAAGACAUCGCCAAUGGCACUGAGCUCACCUAUGACUACAACUUUCAUUCCUUCAACACAGAGGAACAGCAAGUGUGUAAGUGUGGCUCGGAGAGUUGUCGCGGCAUCAUCGGAGGAAAGAGUCAACGAAUCAACGGCCUGCCUGGGAAACCAGCAGGCACCCGGCGGUUGGGUCGCCUCAAGGAGAAACGGAAGUCCAAACAUCAACUCAAAAAACGGGAAGAGGAAUCGAGUGACAGCAACAAGUUUUACCCUCAUCUCAUGAAGCCCAUGUCCAACAGAGAAAGAAACUUUGUGCUGAAGCACCGGGUGUUUCUAUUGAGGAACUGGGAGAAGAUGAGGGAGAAACAAGAGUUGUUGAAGCGAGAAGGAGAGCGAGAGAGGGACGCUAGCAGCCUGUCCGUGUACACACGCUGGGGAGGGGUCAUCCGUGAUGAUGGCAACAUCAAAUCAGAUGUGUUCCUGACGCAGUUCUCGGCGCUACAGACAUCGCGGUCGGUACGUACACGGCGACUCGCUGCUGCAGAGGAGAACACAGAGGUCACACGUACAGCCCGCCUGGCACACAUCUUCAAGGAGAUCUGCGACAUGAUCACCAGCUACAAGGAUUCGGCUGGCCAGACCCUUGCUGCGCCGCUGGUGAACCUUCCAUCAAGGAAGAGGAACAGUCAGUACUACGAGAAAGUGUCCGACCCUCUGGACCUGAGCACCAUUGAGAAACAGAUCCUCACUGGCCACUACAAAACUGUGGAGGCCUUUGACACAGACAUGCUUAAAGUGUUUCGCAAUGCUGAGAAAUACUAUGGUAGGAAGUCAUCGGUGGGCAGGGACGUGUGUCGGCUAAGGAAGGCCUACUACAGUGCACGCCAUGAGGCUGCAGUCCAGAUCGACGAGAUCGUGGGUGAGACGGCCAGCGAGGCCGACAGCUCUGAUUCUCUGGAGCGGGACCAUGGUCACCACCAUCAUCAUGGAGGGAGCGGGCCGGGCUCCCAUGACAAGGAUGACGACGUCAUCCGUUGCAUCUGUGGAAUGUAUAAGGAUGAAGGCCUGAUGAUCCAGUGUGAAAAGUGCAUGGUUUGGCAGCACUUUGACUGCAUGCGGCUAGAGACGGAGGUGGAGCACUACCUGUGUGAGCAGUGUGAUCCCAGGCCUGUGGACAGGGAAGUGCCCAUGCUGCCCCAGCCCAGCUACGCCCAGUCUGGCUCUGUCUACUACAUCUGUCUGCUCAGAGAUGACCUUCUGCUACACCAAGGUGACUGCGUUUAUCUGAUGAGGGACAGCAGACGCACCCCAGAGGGCCAGCCGGUCAGGCAGUCUUACCGCCUUCUGUCUCACAUCAACAGAGACAAACUCGACAUCUUCCGCAUUGAGAAACUCUGGAAGAAUGAAAAGGGUGAGAGGUUUGCCUUCGGCCACCACUACUUCCGUCCUCAUGAGACACAUCAUUCGCCGUCACGGCGCUUCUACCAGAAGGAGCUGUUCCGAAUGCCGCUGUAUGAGAUUAUACCCCUGGAGGCUGUGGUGGGAACCUGCUGUGUCCUGGACCUCUACACUUACUGCAAGGGGCGACCGAAGGGCGUGAAAGAGCAGGAUGUGUAUAUCUGUGAUUACCGCUUGGACAAGUCGGCUCACCUUUUCUACAAGAUCCACCGUAACCGCUACCCAGUCUGCACCAAGCCAUACGCCUUCAACCACUUCCCAAAGCGGCUAGCGCCCAAAAGAGACUUCUCGCCGCACUAUGUUCCCGACAACUACAAGAGGAACGGUGGGCGCUCCGCCUGGAAAAGCGAACGACCCAAAGGAACCGGCUGCGAGGAUGACGGCUCCUCCUGUGAUCGGGGAGACGACUUCCAGCCCGAGAGUGAAGACGGCAGAGCACCGGAGGACGAUAUGGACACGGCAUUGGAGAACCCAGCGCGCCUAACCAGCAAGCCCCGAAGAGCAGAGCAACAGGGUGAGCAAGAGGAGGAUGACGAGGAGGAAGACGAAGGGCAGGAGGCAGAGGAGCGCCCGGAGCUGGAAGAGGGCUCCGCUGAGAGGGUGGGAGAGAUGCUGGAGCUCCCCUCAUCCUCAGCCUCGUCACCGCUCCACCACCCUGGACUUGGCAGGAGGGAGGCGCAGAAGGAGAGGCUCAACAAAAUCCUGCUGGACCUGCUGCACAGAACACCAAGCAAGAAUGCCAUAGAUGUCACUUAUCUCCUGGAGGAGGGCGCAGGGCGGCGGUUACGGCGACGGACACUCGGAUUUGGUGAUUUUGUGGGCAGGAAAUACGGUUGCUACGUGCCUGGAAAGCACACUAGUUUUCACUCUGUGAGCGAGGGGCAGAAAACUGAGUGAUGGGAGUAAGGGGGGGGGGGAGACAACAUUGUUGGGGAGUUGACCAUUAAAAGGACCACCAUGUGUUCCAGGGAUCCUCUUCAGGUCUAUCCCUUCCAAGUCAAGUCAAUUUUAUUUGUAUAGCCCAGUACCACAAAUUACAAAUUUGCCUCAGUUGGCUUUACAGCAAUACAGCAUUCUGUCCUUAGACCCUCGCAUCGGAUAAGGAACAACUCCCGCCUGUCAUAGACUCAUAGAUGGGGGGGGGGGAUCAGGUUGGAAGUGUUAUCUCCAUGGUGAUUACAGUUUUACUAAAGGUUCGCAAGUAGCCUUUGUGGCAAGUGAAUGCAGACUUUUUGCUUAUUUAAGUAGUAUGAUGGAAAAAAAGUGUUUUUGUUAUACACAUAGGAGAAAUAACCCAUGCACUUAAAUACAUUGAACAGACAUGGAACGCAGCCUGCGAUCCGCUGGUGGCAGACUGAAUGCUGAAGGUGUAUGUAGGAAGUAUCCAAGCAGACAUGGGUAAUUGAAUUCCACCUUGGUGUUUAGUCUCGGUGAGCGUCAGAAAAAGGAGCAUGUGGUACUGAAAUAGGGAUGGCUUGAGGGAAGCAACCGUCGUUGUAGCCAAUGAGUUAUGAGAAUGCUGGAGGACUGGCGGCCCCUUGUGGGUCGUAGCCAUCAUAACAAAGUAAUGUAAGCCAGAGGAUCUGUGGCAGGAAGAUGGGUAAACGGCUAGAGCAGUUUGCUCACAUGCUGCAGAUGAAUUUGGGGAAAGAGAGGGAAAGAAAGAUGAGCAUGAGCGAGGUCGGUCAACUGCACUUUUUGGUACCAUGGAUAUUGUGAAGUUCCGUGUAAUGUAUCUAUAAUGAAAACACUAACGCUUUUACAGUAUUGGAUGAUGCAGUCUGAAAAAAGUGAGUAAAGAAUAUGGCUAUUAUCUUUUUUCCUGUUAUACUAUUGUAACUCAUUUAGGAACAGACAUGGAUGGGGAUCUGUGCUUGUUGUCCGGGUAGAGGGAGGGGAGGGAGGUCCUUGGGGAGAUUGAGUGUACGCUUUUGUCAGUCAAGUGUCUUCUUUUUUCUUUUUUUUUUUUCCUUUUUAAUCCCUUUCAUUUCAUGAGGCAGUCAGCUUCGCCCCUCUUUUUAAAGUAACCUGAUUCACCAGCUUAAUGAAAUCAGGCGACAGGACACCGGCUUUAACAGUAACGCCUUACAACGCCGUGCUCCUCGACUGCCUUGCGUGAGUGUGUGCGCGUGUUACACACCUUACCGUGUCUGUCUGUACUCUGCCACAUUUCUUGAAGAUAUAAAGUUUUUUCUUUAAAAAAAAAAAAAGUAAAAAAUAAGGGCUUGAUGGCAAUUAACAGUUUUAAGAAAACUAUUGAAAACUAUACUUAACAUGAAAUGUAUUGUGACGGUUGUAUUUUCUUAUAUUCUGUGAGACGGGCUCAGGGGUGGGGCUGUGUACUGUAUACUGGGAGGGAACGGAUUCUAGUUUUUCUUCUUUUCUUCAGAAUAUGUUUCCCGGAUGCCAUGGAGAAUGUUUUAAAAUAAACUUGCGAUAUUCAAUGAGGAGCCCCCCCCAUCCCCCCCACACCCACACACACACAUGCCUCUGCUAAGGUGGGACAGCCUGCUAUGUCCCAAUCCGGUAAAACUGACAGAAAAGCAAACCGAUUGAGAAACUGACGAGAAGAGUUAAAACAGAAAGCUGUACAGUGCCAAGUUAUGUAUAUAUAUAAACUUUUCAUGAGUGUCUCCAAAAGCAAUAUCUUGAUAAUGGAUUUUGUGUAUUAUUGUACUGUACAGAACUCAGCCCUAAAUGUAUUAUGAUAAUUAUAACAAUGAUAAUAUUAUAAUUUCUUCCAUUUUUAUUACAAUAAUGAAGACACUUAGGCUUGGGGGGGGGGCGGGGGGAGUUUUUUUUCUUCAGAAAAAUCACACCAUAACUGUCAAACUGAUCAACAACAGAAGAAAAAAAACUUAAGAUGAGUCUUAGUUGCCUAUAAAUGAAAUUCAUCUAUGUACUGCAUGAAAGAGAAGAAUGUCUAAUGGACACAGAAGGCAUUGGGACAUGACGGUGACUCCACAAAGACAUCCAUGUCACUGUAAGGAUUAUUGUUAAUAAUAUUACUAUUAAGGAGGAAUACGCUCCUUGUUUUUUUGCUGCAAAGUGUUGAACACUAAAAAAACAAACCAACAUAAAAAUGUUAUGAUAUUUUUUAAAAAAAGGUGACAGGGACAAAGGUUAGCUGUCAGCUUGAUAUCUUUCUCUCUUUUUUUUUUUUUGUUUCCUUUCAAACAAGACAUGGUUCUGUUUGUGAUAGCAGUCAUGGUAUGAUGCUUGUACUUGUGUUUGUGUUUUGUGUGAUUUGUUUAGUUAUUUUUAGACAAUCACAAAAUGAGAUGCAAGCAUUGUAAAUGGCAGACUGGCGGACAUUUUGUGAUGUGUACAGUUUGUCAGAAACUUCUUCCACUCGUUAAAAAGUUUGUAAUUAUGAUUAUAAAGUCAUGAAAAAUGCUGUUGGUUUUUACUUUUGUUUUAUAUUCUAUUUGUUUUUUUUUGUUUGUUUGUUUUUUUAAUAAAAAGCACUACAUUAUUGUGAAUACAA